AAGCGGAGUUUAUAGAAAUACAUAUCAAGCCAUCAUUUAGAAUACCUGACCCCCGGACAGAUGUGUUCGACGCAAAAAAGGAUGCAAACAAACUGAAUCACAAGUUCUCAAGACUUCAUUGAAAUUUUGAUGUGAUCUAAUUUAUCAAAUCAUCGCUCGUCAUUGAAUUCUUUGCCAGGAUAGGUGCUUUAAAGCAAUUUCUUCUAUCGUCGAGAGCGACCAUCUGGCCGAGAGAUCCUCAGGGUUACGUAAAUCGUCUCGGGGAGGGACACAAGGAGUGGAAUCGUUCUCUAUCUAUAGUGCAUGCAUACAGUACAGUCCCCUCGAUCCUGGGUUAUCCCGGUAAAAGCCAGGCCAAGUGUCACGAAGCUACCGACCACGAGCCCGACCAGGUGGAUGGCGGUGAUGGAGGUGGAAGAUUUAACUCGUACAAGUCAGACCGAGGGCAGUCCUUAUGUCGCGGAGGAAAAUAGCGGGUUGUUAUUACCCGUGCAUUUCGGCGGUUGUGUUCUUGCACAAGAAAAACACGGGAUGCUCGGUCCAUGUGUAUCCCACCAACGAUCCAUCCACCUGGGCCAGAACUAAUGGUUCGCAGGGUUCGCAGGGUUCGCCCGACUUUGGGCAAGGACAUAAAUUUGGUAUAAAUAAAUCCUUAAGAAAGCAAUGGAGCAUCAGUCUCACAGAUCAGUUCAACAGACCAUGAAUUCCAGAGUGCUUAUUGUUUUUACCGUGGCCAUGUUGGCCAUGGUUGUGGCCUAUCCUUAUCCUCAGGAUCAAGCCUUGAACAUCCCUCAUCACGGACCAGAUGGUUAUGCCAAAGACAAGUACUUCCAGUACAUCAAUGUCCCGGCUGAGAAGGUCUUCGAAUGGGGAUACCGACGUGGAAACGAUCCCAAGCACUUCAGAGAGGAAUAUCUCAGUCAAAAGGAUCACACUUUCAAGGCUAAGGUGAAAUGGGGCGAUGCCCAUGAGGGAUACGGUGAACAUUUCUACGAUUACAACCAUGGACCUCAAUACAAGAAGGACGAAUACCACCAUUCUGAGCCCGUCCAUCACGAACCCGCCGUCUACAAACCUAUCCGUCGUUAAAUCAAAAACUAAAUCAUUAUUUCUUCUAUGCCAUCCAAUGUCUCGACUACAACAUGGUGAUUUCAAUUUCAACCAUCCGUUUACUAUAUAGGAAAUAAAAAGAAACACAAUAGUACAUCCAGCUCAAUCGUUUGUUCAUGUACGUACGUACUACUUCAAAAUAAUGACGGCGUAACAUUUCGAU